AUGAAAGGCGGCCGCUGCGGGACGACGACGCGACGCUUCGGCGGCGGCGGGAAUCUCCUCUACUUCGCGGCGACGGCGAUCGCGCUCGCGUGCACGCUCUCCGUCGCGUCGUCGCUCCGGUCGACGUCCGACGCGCUGAGGGCGUCGGACAGAGAGAUCGCCGCGCUGCGCGGCCGUCUCUCUGAGGGGACGGGGACGGGGACGGGGACGGGGACGGGACGGGGACGAGGAGGGUGGACGGCGGCGGCGACCGUGAGGGCCAACGCCGCCGACGCCGCCGCGGCGGCGGCGGACGCGCGCUACGCGUUGAAACUCAACUCGGACGUCGGCAACCCCGCGCGACCGGACGCGGGCGCGCUUCUCGCGUUCGUGGGCGUCAACACGGCGCCGAGCGCGUUUGACCGACGCGCGACGCUGCGCGCGACGUGGUUCCCGGACUCGAGAGAAGAGUUGCGCGCAGCGGAGCUGGAACGCAAACUGCUGUUCCGGUUCGUCGUCGGCGAGAGCGACGUCGUCGGCGACUCCCUGGACGCGGCGCUGACGCGCGAGAUGAAGACGCACGAGGACGCGUUCUUUCGCGUGCGGCACGUGGACACGUACGCGAGCCUCACGGAGAAGACGAUCGCGACGUUCGCGUCGGCGGCGACGCUCGUCGACGCGGAUUUUUACGUCAAGAUUGGCGCGUUCUAUCUCGCACUUGUCCACGUACGACCGCACGACGACGUGCACGUGCGCGUGCCGCCUUUGAUUCGGUUCUUGGAGACGCACCGCGAGCGCGACGCCGCGUACUUUGGAUGCAUGAAGAGCGGCCAAGUCGUGCACGAUCCAAAGUACAAGUGGUACGAGAAGGAGUGGAAGAGGUUCGGGAAUCGCGGGAAUCAAUACUUCCGACACGCCACGGGUCAGGCGUACGGAUUGUCUCGCGCCGCGGCGAGGUUCGUCCGGGAUAACCGCGCGGCGUUGCACAAGUACGCGAACGAGGACGUCUCCGUCGCCACGUGGAUGCUCGCGCUGGACGUCGACUUCGUGGACGAUCGCGCGCUGUGUUGCCAGAGCUGCGUCGGGCGGGACGAGUGCAUCGUCACGCAUCAGUGGAACUGCACCGGGAUGUGCGACGCCGCGAAUUCGAUACCGGCGGCGCACGCGGCGUGCCCGCAGGACGGGGUGGCCGUCGAGGCGACAAAAAACGCCAUCGACGCGAGCGUUGGCGAAAAUCAAAGCGGCGUGGCCAAUAGCAAUGAGGGUAGGUGA